AUGCUUACAGGGCCAAUACCUGCUAAGUGGACCUAUAAUAGCCCCGACCUUUUUAAAGGUAACCCUGCACUUUGUUCGAAACUCUUGAACAGGGAAUGUUGGGUGCCAGAUUCAGUGAAUCAGAUGGUUGUUGCUGCGUUUGUGCUUUACGGCAUUAUGAUUAUUACCUGGAGCAUAAUCGGCAUUCGCUGCUUGAUUUCAAGACAAAAAUCUCAAGGAUCGCCACUUCGGCCAUUCAAACAGUCCAUCGAUCGUGUGAAAGCUCGGAGGUCCAAAAAUGUUUGCUUGUUCGAGAAGCCCAUAAAAAAGAUGAGAGUGAGUGACCUUGUGGAUGCCACCCACAACUUCAACGAAGACCACAUCAUAUGGAGUGACAGCACAGGAGUGUUUUAUAAGGCUGAGCUACCCGACGGAUCUCUGCUGGCUGUAAAGAGGCUGAGGCCAUCCGAGCGGAGUGAAAAGGAGUUCAAGUGGGAGAUGAAGACAUUGGGGUAUCACCGCAAUCUGCUCCCACUUUUGGGGUACUGCAUUGCAGACCACCAAGAGCGGCUGCUUGUCUACAAAUACAUGGCCAGAGGAACUCUCCUGAAUUGCUUCCACGGCCUCCACAGAGAUCAGAAUGAGUUGGACUGGCCCACCAAACUCAAGAUUUGCGUGGGGAUUUCAAGAGGACUGGCGUGGCUUCAUCACAUCUGCAAUCCUCAUGUCAUCCACCGUAAUAACCUGUUGACUGGGUAG